AUGGCGCCAGGAAUCGAUAUGAGCGAUAAGAAUGCAUGGGACGACUCUUUGCUAAUAAACUCCUGGAACGAUGCCGUUACCGAAUACAAGAAGUAUCACAGCAUCCACAAGUCAGGCAAGAGACUGGAAGACGCUCUGACGGAGGAAGAGCUGAGAGAACUGCGGGGCGACUAUGGGGACCUGUUGGAAGAAGCAGAGACAGGAUCGGGAGACGCAGAGACCAAUGGUGAUGCGGACCAAGAAGAUACCGAGAUGUCACUUCCAGGUGCCAAUGGCGUCCAUCAUCUUGCUCAAGCAGGAACCCAACAGCAGGAACAAAAACCUUCCGAACAACAGCAGCAGGGCCAGUCGAUCGCAUCAGACAAUGCCGCGCCGCAUGAUGGGGCUCUUGCGGCUUCGAUGCCACAGGCUAUUCUCGGGACUGUGCAAGACGAAAACCUCAAGAACAUCAUGAUGUCUUGGUACUAUGCUGGCUACUACACGGGGUUGCACGCGGGACAGCAACAGGUAUCCAAAGAUGCUCCACCAAAGCAGUAG